GCCAGUCUGGACCUUUUCCCUCCAACCUCACUCCCUCCCUCUUUCCCACUACCUAUAAAUACUUGCGCCAACAUUUGGUUCACAUCUUCUCGAGUUGGAAGAGAGAGAGAGAGAGCGAGAAUAAGGAGUGGUAACAGAAGCCUGCGUCCCCACCACCAUUACCACCACAUCGAAAGCAAAACCCUAGAAAUACUCUUUCCAGCCAAAUGAGUCUCUUUGGUCUUGGAAGCAGAAAUCAGAAGACAUUUCGUCCGAAAAAAAAUGCUCCUUCAGGAAGUAAGGGUGCCCAGCUUCAAAGACACAUUGAUGCUACCUUGGGUAGUGGUAACCUGAGGGAAGCUGUAAAGCUACCUCCUGGAGAGGAUCCUAAUGAAUGGCUGGCUGUAAACACUGUAGACUUCUUCAAUCAAGUAAACAUCUUGUAUGGCACUCUUACUGAGUUCUGCACACCAUCCAACUGUCCAACAAUGAGUGCAGGACCAAAGUACGAAUAUAGAUGGGCUGAUGGAGUUCAAAUAAAGAAGCCCAUUGAGGUUUCUGCACCAAAAUAUGUCGAUUAUUUGAUGGACUGGAUUGAAACUCAGCUUGAUGAUGAAUCAUUAUUUCCUCAAAAAUUGGGGACACCAUUUCCUCCAAAUUUCCGAGAUGUUGUUAAGACUAUCUUCAAACGACUGUUCCGGGUAUAUGCCCACAUCUAUCACUCACAUUUUCAGAAGAUUGUGAGUCUCAAGGAAGAAGCUCAUUUAAAUACUUGCUUUAAGCAUUUUAUUUUGUUCACGUGGGAAUUUCGUUUGAUCGACAAAGGGGAGCUUGCACCUCUUUAUGACCUCAUUGAGUCCAUCCUUUCGUAUUGAAAGAUUCUUCUUGUUGGAGAUGACUCUGGUUGUAGCUGGACGCUGUGAAUAAUGAAUAUCCCUUGUUUGAUAUUGCCAAAUUUAUAUUGUGUGGAUCAUCAUGCGAAAUCUACAGUCUUGUGGAUUAGUUUGUAAUCUUCAUUCAUUCGAUUGUUAUUUUAACUUUUACCUACACAUCUCGGAGAACAAUUUUGUUUGGUCAAUUGAUUGACAGAAGACAAAAUCUCUGUAUACAUGUAUACAUGCAUGCAUCUCUCUUGUGGUGUACAUAUGAUACGUCGCGCAGGGAGGCAUUCAUAUUAUGAUA